UGGGGAGGAGCAGAGCCGGGGUCCCGGGCUCCAGCUCUACUCCUGGCCGCUGCCGGGCUCCGCAGCCGGGCACGCGGAGGCCCUCUGGCCCGCACCCAAAGCUAUCAGAACCCAGCCAACAGACGCGCGGCAGCCGAGGCCCCCGAAGCCGGCGCCGUUGACGUCAGGCCGACCUCAGACGUGACGCCGCGGCGGGGCGGGAGCCCAGGCGGUGCUGGAGGGCGUUUCCGGAGCACGCGCUGGGCGAGGGCCGCUGACGUCGGGCUCAGGUGCGCGCGCUUGGUGGAGCACGGCCCAGGUGGUGGCCCACAUCUCCAGGUAGCACCCUGCCGCGGGCCGCGACAAGAAGGUGAGAGUCCACGCUUUCCGAGGGAGCUGUGCCCACCUCGGUCCGCUCGCUGCUGGGCCCCACCGCACCCGAGGGGAUGGAGAGCCGCCUGGGAGGCCCCAGCGCUACCUGUGAUCCCACGCUGGUCGGCCCUCGCUAGCUGCUCGAAUUAUCCGUUUUAUCCACCACCGAGGCCUUGUCUCCUGAGUCAGUGGCGUUGUGGUUCGAAAGAAAUGGAAGAAAAGGAGCGAUGUGACCGAUUCUGUUCGGUCCUCCUGCAUUGAGGCCUGGUUGGCUUUUGCAGAGAGGAAAAUAUAGCAAGAAAAUCGUGAUUUUUUUUUUUUUUUUUUGGUUCUUGGAGGGGAGUGGGAGGGUAGGGUAGGAAAAGGGAGCACGGUUUUAGAUUUUUUUCAAAAUCUGCACUUUGACAGUGGUGGUGAACUACGCUAAUCCAAAAGUUAUUUUUUUUUAAGAAGAGAUGGAUUGUGUUUCCUUUUGAUUCCAAUUGUUUUUCCCCAUGACAAAGCGUUAAUCAUGGACACCAGAAAAUAAGGUGGACCUCAGGAAUCCUGCAAAGACUGAGAAGGUCGCAUUCUUCCUCUGGAGGGAAGGGUGGGGUGUUUUUAGCCCUCUCUGGAACCUAAAACGAAAACAUGAGUUGCGUGCCAUGGAAAGGAGACAAGGCCAAAUCUGAAUCACUGGAGCUGCCCCAGGCAGCUCCCGCACAAAUCUACCAUGAGAAACAGCGCAGGGAGCUUUGUGCCCUGCAUGCCCUCAAUAACGUCUUCCAGGACAGCAAUGCAUUCACCCGGGAAACGCUGCAGGAGAUUUUCCAGAGGUUGUCUCCAAACACCAUGGUGACUCCCCACAAGAAGAGCAUGCUGGGAAACGGGAACUACGACGUGAACGUCAUUAUGGCAGCACUGCAGACCAAAGGCUACGAAGCGGUUUGGUGGGACAAGCGCAGGGAUGUCGGUGCCAUCGCUCUCACCAACGUCAUGGGCUUCAUCAUGAACCUGCCCUCCAGCCUGUGCUGGGGCCCGCUGAAGCUGCCUCUGAAAAGGCAGCACUGGAUCUGUGUUCGAGAGGUGGGCGGUGCCUACUACAACCUUGACUCCAAACUGAAGAUGCCCGAGUGGAUUGGAGGCGAGAGCGAGCUCAGGAAAUUUCUAAAACACCAUUUGCGAGGCAAGAACUGUGAACUCCUGCUGGUGGUACCAGAAGAGGUGGAGGCCCGUCAGAGUUGGAGGGCAGACCCGUGACAGUUCUGUCCAGCCUCCGUCCCGUCUGCCCGAGCCCUCUGUGAUGUGCUGUGGCCUGUGCAGUGGGUCUGCCCCCGCCACUCCCCCAAACAUCUCAGGGGGUCUCUCCCCACAGAUCUGACAGUGCAAUAGGCCAGAUGUGUGAAAUGUCACAAGAACCAAGCAGUGUUCCUUGUUCCUAGGAAGGGAAAGUAGGGGCUUUCUGUGUACGGCAAGUGGCUUUCAUUUGAAGAGAGGAGGGGGAAAGGUGGGUCCUAGCUUAUUUCUCCCUUUCCUCUGAGGACUUGACAGAGGCUCUGCUGGAGUUCACUGCCGCUCUGACCUACUUGGAGAUGCUGCCUCCAUUUCCCCUUUCCUGGCAACCAGUGGGUCUGAAGACACAGUACAUGCAAAGCCCGUGUGACUGGUUUAAAGGACCCAGAGCAAAAGGGCCUCUCAGGAAACGGUCUUCACAACCCCAGCAGCAGUGCAGCGUGCUGUCUCCAGCCCUCAGUGCCACCCCUCACCCUGUUUUUAAGGGUGGUUUGUGGCCACCCUUGUGGAGUUUUUUAACGCAGAGUUCUCUAAAUUUCAUACGGAGUGGUUGAAUCCUGCGACGUGGGAGUGUGACAGGGUGAGCUAGACCCCUAAGAGGACUUGACUAAACCUCGGUGGGUGUGGCCACCCCGGCUGCCUCACUCCAGCAUUGUCCCUGCCACUUCACUACAGUCAUUUGGGAGGCUCUGGGGCACAGAUAAGCAAAGGGGCAGUUUUCCCAGUGGCAAAAACUGGAAAAAUAUAAGCCUGCCUUCAACGUCAAGUUCCACUAGUUGAAGCAGAGUUGGAUGAGGAAAGUAUUGUGAAGAGACUAGCUAGAGUCGGAAGUCCUGGGCUCCGAGUCAUCACAGUGACAAGCAGAGUCCUCAAGUCAGGUGGUCAUGUGCAUUAUGUUACAGGACCUGGGUUUGUCAUCUUGCUGUGAUUUCCUUUACAAAUCAACUGAGAACCGACCACCCCAAACCUCUUUUAAGUAGUUGCAGGCCACUUUCUUCCUGUAACUUUGGAAAACAGGAGGGGGGAGUACAUGCCACACACAUUGCAUGUCACCAAAAUGGUUAUAAUUGCCUCAAGGCAGGUGGGCAGGCAGAGAUGACCUGUCUGGCCCUUGCAGAUUGAUGGUCUCGCCAGGCCUGAGAGCUGCUGACUUCUCCAGCAGUAAAGCCAGCCUGCGGCUUGCACGUCAAACGUGAGGAGGCCAACUGGGACGAAGCCGAGGCUUUCUCCUCCCCACUGUGACUGGAGUGCAUGUUUACACCAGCACUUUUUCUGCACAUGUAUCUUCAACACGGCUGUUUUCUAUGCUUAGUAAGAGGGCACUAAGCAGCUACUGCAUUACACCAUCUAAGCAACUGACUGCAGUCUCUUCUGUACCAUUUUCUACAUCUGACCUGCUUGGCACCACAGAGAGCUCUUUACCUUACCCCUGCACAAUGACAUUCUGACCACCACCAGCCAGAAGUUACAGCCAACCUUGCUGAUUGUCGCAACCAGGACCUUGGCUCCACCGGCACUGUCAGGGACAGAUAGUCAUUUCCUGGGAAGAGGGGGAAACUCCUCCAAUCUGCUUGGACCUGUGCAGAUGGCACUUCAAAGGAGUCCCUGUGUCCUUGGAGUCUAUGAGCCAAUGGGAUAUGCAAAGACGCUUAAACAUUUCAGGGCUGGUUUCUCUGUUCAUAUCCAAUUCUGGUGCUUAGAAACAGGGAUCCAUGCUGAUGCCCAAGGGUGAAAGCCCCAUUUCCUUUGAAGAAAGGGGCAGGCCUGACCCUGAUGCCCAAUGAGGGGCGAUCCUAGGCUUUUUGUUUUUCUUGCUUUUAUUCCCCACCCUUUUUUGUUGGCCUUGUGCUGGGUUUGUUUACAAAAGAUGUAUUUUGUUUAACCAAAUAUUAAAAAUGGAAAAUCCGUAAUAAA